CCACCCCACCUCCCUCCUCGGGCUCGCAGGCUCGCGCGGCUCCCGCUCCGCUCGGCCCAAAUGACCGCAGACGGCUGACGGAUGGACCGUAACAAUAACAUGGAUGCGUAUUUGGACCAGCAAGUGCCUUUCACGUUAGCAAACAAGUCGCAAGGAAAUGGGCCCCCGAAUCGACUUUUGAUGGCAGCCAAAAGGAAAUACAUGGACACGGAAUUGCCCCCUCAGGAAUCCGAAGACCUCUUCCAGGACUUAAGCCAACUCCAGGAAACGUGGCUCACGGAAGCUCAGGUUCCUGACAGUGACGAGCAGUUUGUUCCGGAUUUCCACUCAGAGAACUCGGUGGCCUUCCACAGCCCCCCCGUCACCAUCAAGAAGGAGCCGCAGAGCCCGGGCUCGGACCCCAGCCAGUCAUGUAGCCACAAGCAGACCUUCAGCUUCCCCGGUGGGGAGCAGUGCCUUUAUGCCAGUGCCUAUGAGCAAAAGAGGGCAGCAGGGGGCGCCAAGGGUUGCCAGAUGUCGCCCAUGCAGCAGCAGCAUUAUUCCCCCAAAGGAGUGGGCGGCGGCUACAUGACCUCCGCCUCCCAGCCGCUGCCUAGCAACACGUACCCCCUCAAUGCCAGAUAUCAGGGCCCCUCAGGAGACCCCAUGUGCCCCCAGUUCCCCGGCUUCCAGCGAAUGUCCUCCGCACCGGCGGGCCACGGCGGAGGGGGCGGGGCCGGCGGAGGGGGCGGGGCCUACCAGCGGCAGCACUCGGAGCCGUGCGUGGCGUACGCGCAGCAGACGUUCAAGCGAGAGUACGUGGACCCGUCGUACGAGCGGGCGGCGCACCUGGCAACGCAGGCGGGACAACAUGGCCGCUGUCACACGCACAGGUUCCCCCCCGCCCACAUGAUGGUGAAGCAGGAGCCCACAGACUACAACUACGACACAGAUGUUUCCGGAUGUUCUUCCAUGUAUCAGCACAGCGAGGCCUACCCUGCCCCUCAGCAAGGCAGCGAAGGUUACCUGUUUGAAAACGACUCCCGUGUGGUUCCAGACAAGGUGGAAGGCGAGGUGAAGCAGGAAGGUGGGGGCGUGUUCGGCGGGGGCGCACCUUAUCAGCGGCGAGGCUCGUUGCAGCUGUGGCAGUUCCUGGUGGCGCUGCUGGACGACCCCGCCAACGCACACUUCAUCGCCUGGACGGGCCGAGGCAUGGAGUUCAAACUCAUCGAGCCCGAAGAGGUUGCUCGCCUGUGGGGGAUGCAGAAGAAUCGCCCGGCCAUGAACUACGACAAGCUGAGUCGCUCGCUGCGUUAUUACUACGAGAAAGGAAUCAUGCAGAAGGUGGCGGGCGAGCGCUACGUCUACAAGUUCGUGUGCGAGCCCGAGGCCCUCAUCUCGCUGGCGUUCCCCGACAAUCAGCGGCCAGGCUUGAAGGCGGAGUUUGAGCGCUACGUCAACGAGGAGGACACGGUGCCGCUGUCACACCUGGACGAGGGCACGCCCUACAACCCCGCCGACAGCGCGGGAGCCCAGACCUACUCUAAAGGCUACAUGUACUAAAGCCACGCCCCCUCGCUCUACCAAACAUCUUCAUACCCACAAUGCACCUCUUGCACACGUCCUGCUCCACUUGUAUAUACAAAUGAUCUCAUUAAGAAAGGUCUGUCACAUCAACAUGACAUGAUUGCUUAGUAGUAAUAAUAAAUACUCUGAAUUAUUAUACCCAACAA